AUGGCGGCUUCCGCACUAUCUGGUUGGAACCCAGGACACGAUCCAUGGGAGGACAUGCCUCCAGCCAUACCAGUCGGAGGAGGAGGAGCACCACCACCACCAGGUGCCACAUAUCUAGGAGCUGGUGGAGAUCCAACGUUAAGAACAUCAUUUCCAGGUGCAACACCAGGACGAUGGUCACAUCCUAAUCUCCCAGCACUGAAUGACGGUUGGCACCAGCACCCACAUUCCCCGUACACCCCAGCAUGGCACGCCACCGGGUAUCCUUAUCCUCAUUUUCAUCCCACACCAGCACCCCACUACGCACCACUCCCCGGUUAUGGGGGUUGGGCACCCCCACCCGUAUGGGCCGCUGGCGCUAGUACUUCCCCCUGGCAUGGGAAUAUACCGCUUGGUGAUAUUCCCGUUCCUCCAACGCAGGAUUACCCGCCAGCGUGGUAUUCGCACUCACCUUGGCCGGGAGGAUUCGGAGGUGUAGGGGAAACGCGAGGUCGAGGUCAAAAAGGCGUUGAUUGGUUUGCAGCAGAUGCGAAACGGAAGCGUUCGAAAUCCCGUUCAGGCCAGGGAAGGAGAAAGUCAAAAUCGCCUCAUCCUGCCUUUCCUGGGGUUGAUAGUUACUUCGACCAUGAGGAUGAAUACGAAGAUGAAGGCGAAGGCGAACGAUGGGGCCCUAGUUGGCAUAGAGGGGAUUCGGAGAGACGACGUCGAAAGUAUGAGAAUGGUGAGAGAGGAACGAACUGGGAUCUCCUUGACGGAUUUCGUGGUUUAUCCCUUGGACAACAAACGCCUAGGAAACGGUCGUUGUCCUUCAACGCUGUGGAUCGACCAGCGCACCACCGUCGAACGAUAUCUAACCCGAUCUAUAAGGGUUAUCACGUCACAUAUGAACAACACAUGGACCGGUAUGGGCAUGCAGCGAGAGAGGGGGAUUUGCCAUAUCGACCCAGUUCAUGGAGAACAGAUUACUCCGUGAAGGGAGGGUUAAUGCAUGCGUUGGGAGUUGGAAGUGGGUUGAAACGCAGUAUCAGCGAUGUUAAAGAGAUCAACGACACCCAAAAACGAACCCUCCACCCUCAUCUCCGAUACGACCCAAAUGCAACGCUGCCUUCCAUCUCUCUAGACCUCCGACUAAACCCAUCGAUACCUCAUUUUGUAGCACCAGCCCUCAACCUCUUUUCCUUGCCUCAAAGCCCACACGGAGUAUCCGCUGUCGACCUCGUGCAAUUCGCAACUCAUCCGCCUUCAUCCACCAUGCGCCUCUUCCACAAACGACUCCCUUGGUACAUCGACAUUGACGUGUCUUCGAGACGGGAUAACAGCUAUAUCACCAUCCAAGAUAUCAUCUACGCCCUGUUCACGACUCUCACAGGUCAGGGUUCUGGUGGUAAAAGCCAAGUCACCGCUGCUGAAUAUUGGUGCGGGGAGAUGGGAGACCAUGUUGAAGCGACGCCUCCACCGCCUCCACCUGGCGCAUUGCCCGGUAAUGGGAACACACCGUUGUUGCGGUCGAUUACGCCGUUACCGCUUCUGGGACAGAAGAGGGCGAAGCACACUGCUAGAGAGCAAGUGAGCAUGUCGUGGAGGAUACGAGGGCGACUGGCUCAUCAUGUCACAUGGGCAGCCUGGCGAGGUAAGGGAGAUAGUGAAGAGGCUGCUCUCGCAGAAGGCGCGAAGGCUGAACAGGACGAACUGGCAAGAGGUGUGAGGAGGGUUGAUUGGUUGGCUAUUGGUACGAAUGUGGAUGACCAGAGGGCGUUUAGGUGGAUAGGGUUGAGAAAAGCCAGGAGAGGGAUGUGGGAGAUAGUUACGGAGGGUUAG